ACGUGUAUUUUGUAGUUACCUUCAGUCAGUGUGUAAAGGGAGCACACAUUCUAUAAAAAAUAGUUUGUUGUCGGAAUGACUGAAAUAGGAACAGUUGUAGCAGUGAAUAUUGGAGAAAUAUAUUCAGGAUACGUGAUUUCCACUACAUCAGGUUUUAAAAAUGACCCUAUGAAUAUAAUGUGUUACGGCCAUUGGAAAUCGCAAAAUCUUAGAGGAUUAAAUGAACAAAUACCAACAUCCAUUCUUCUGAAUUCAGAAAAAGAAUUUAUGGGUUUUGGUUUUGAGGCAGAAGAUCAGUAUCUUUCUUCCUGUGAAAAUAAGGAAGACUCAGAUCUAUAUUUUUUUCAACAUUUUUUCUGUCAAUCAAAGUGGAAUAAAGAUACAAACGGUGAAAUUUUCGUGAAAUCUUCGAACCGUGUUGAUGCCGUUCCGUUGACACUUAUAUUAAGUCAUUCAGUACCUUACCUGAAAUCACACUUUUUAAAUCUGUUUGAAAAACUGUGUUCCGGGAUAUUUCGGGAUGAUGAAAUUUUAUGGGUAGUUCUUCAGCCAGAUAAAACCGAGUUUGAUGUAAGAUUUGUGUUGCUUGAUGCAUUUCUUAAUACUGGUAUAAGUAAGGAAAUGCUCGUAUUUGUUCGACAGAGUCAUGCAAUCCAGACUUACGCUCGGCACAUUGAAGAAAUAAAGGGCGUGUCGAAAGAAGGGAUUAUCAUACUGAAUUGUGAUUCAACACAAUUAUGUCCACAUUUUGUUUUUCAAAAGUAUCCAAAGGUACCAACAAACAUUAUUGGUUUGUCCUCAGUUGUCAACGAUGUAGAUUCCAUAUUGACAUCGCGAUUAGGGUGUUCUCUAUUCAGUGAUAUGACUGAUAACAAUUCAAUAUGUGACCUUUACGAUAACUUUGAUUUUUCUUUACGGGAAUAUAGUUUAAAGCAAUUUUGUUCAAUCAAAAUUUCGUCAUCUUGUAUUUAUAACAUAAAGAAUCACAUCACCCCCUCCUGGAAUAAGGGUUUCAAAUUAAAUCAAGAUAAACUUAAAAUCGACAAGACUAUAAUCCAUGAAGUAUUUCAAAACGCAUUGAAACCUUUGGUGGAGUAUUUGAGAAGAGAAAUCAAUAUUUUGAAUCAAGUAACCAUCCAAAAAGUUAUUCUUGUUGGGGAUUUUUCAAGAUACAUAAUGACAAAAGUAGUUCUUCAAGAGAGCUUUCCUCAAUAUGAACUCAUAGUUCCGUCAAAUUCUUACAUGGCAGCCACAAUAGGAGCAACCAUAGCUGGACAGGAAAUACGAUCUAGAAAAUAUGAGAGUCGAUUUCUAUAUGUUCCCAAAAUGUCAAUUGUUGGGACGUCGCGUAUUGAGCAUGAAUUAUCAGGUUUGGAAAAAUCAAUCAGUGAAAAUCCUGUCAAACCAAAUAUAGAUAUCGCUAAUGUUAAAGAAAACAUUUCAAAUUUAUCAUGCCUACCAGAUCAAAUACGACCUGCCAAAAUUGCCACAAAGCUAAGUAAGCUCCAUGAAAUUGAGUAUGCUGAAAGCUUGGCAAUUUUUGUAAAAAAGGAUGUGAUGAAGCUACAUCCGCAAGAUUUUUGUUACAGAUCUUUCAUGGGGUUUAUGAUGAAUGCAGAACGCAAGCCUAUGCUCAAAUUAACACAAUCACACAGGCAUUUCAUCCCACUGUUGUGAUAGAUGAUAUUAAAACUUCAAAGCCGUCGGAUGUUGUCAAACCAUUAAAAGAGUAUAGAAGAAAGAAUGCUUUGCAAUAUCUGCCAAGAUUAAUCAAAUCAAUCGUAGAAACAUUGCCAAAUAAGAUCGACAUUUCCGAUGCUCAACUGUCGGUGUGCACUUCAUUUAUCGAGAAAAGUAUGGAGUGUUGUUGGCUAAUGUCCGUGACAGAGCCGCCGAUGUUUUUGAAAUUCAACUGGAACAAGAGUGAACAAAUAGAUUUGGAUGAGUUAGAGGUUGAAGGUGCCAACGGAAAAUACGUCGAUAGCAUGCGAUGGCCUACGCUGUAUCUUUAUGAAAAUGGUCUCUUGAUGAAUAAGGGCGUUGUGAAUGCGAAAUGACAGAAAAAAACGAUUUAUCUUCGCUUACAAAACUUUCUUUAUUAUUGAUAGAAAUGAAGCUCAUGUUCAAUAUUAUCAAGAUAAUUAUGAUGAUAAGUCUGUAUAAAAUAUCAUAGUCAUCUAUUUAUACAUAAAAUAGAAUAUUUAAAAUGUUCACUGAUGAA